UGCGUGUCUCUUGACCCCCCCGCAUUAUUUGAUACCAUGGAGCUGAAGCCGGCCUCUCCUGAAAUCCAUUUAGUAUUUGCCAAGUUCUACUGGAUGGUAUUCGAUCUUGACAUACCUACGUGAGUACCCAAGUGAAAUGAAGUAUCGGUUACACGAAUCGAUCGUUUCCAUCGUGAUUUCAUGACUGCGGGGUUACUUUACUCUCUAUAGAUCGGUUGCCGAUUCCGGCUCGCGCUGGAAAUGGCGCGACCCGUGCUUUGUGGUGAAAAUGCAGCGCUUGGAAUAACCUUCUUCGGUUGGGGCGAUAAACGAUAUAUGUUUCUGUAUCUACCUAGGUAGGUAUAUAUAUCGAAGCGCAUCAUGAACUUACGAAGCAUCAGAACCGACUUUUAUGAAAUAAGGACCGCUUCAUAACCUCGAUUGACGUAUUCAUACCAUCUUUUUUUUCUUUGCGCUCAAGCAUCACAAAUAUCAGCAUGGCGCCCUCAGCUCUAGUCGAAACAGCUCCUGUCGUCGACCCCUUUAAGGUCCGACAGAAUUUCCCUUCUUCGCAAAGCGCUGAUGUUCAAUUCAAUCCCGCGAAGCAUCUGGCAUAUUCUCCUCCAUCUAAGAUCCUAGCCAUGAAGGAUCUUGCCCUAGAGCCGACUGCAUUAUCGCCCAUCGCCACCACGGAGCCAUUUCCUCUCCUCUCUCAUGAAGCUGUCCUCCAGCAUCGUCGAGACCUUUUUAGCAAAGAUGUCCUUGAUAAUUGCCUCCACCACACUCGCCCUGGCUCUGUUCAGCUUCGCGGUAUGGCUCCGCGCUAUUCCCCCUUCAUUCACCAAUUUUGGCACUCCCCUGAGGUUCUCAAGAUUGUUAGCGAUGUCGCUGGUGUCGAGCUUGUUCCGGCCAUGGACUACGAGAUUAGCCAUGUCAAUGUCCAGCUCGGAUCAGGAGGCCUCGACGCUGUCCGCAACACUCCUGUGGAACCUCCCGAGGCUACCGAGGAGGCGAUCAAAAGAUUUGAGGCUGAGAAGCCUAAGCAGCAGGCCGUUACUGAUCAGUCAAAACCCAUCAUCGAAUGGCACGUCGACUCUCACCCUUGGGUCUGCGUCGUCAUGUUAUCAGAUGCGCGACACAUGACUGGUGGAGAGACCGAGCUUAUGAAGGGCGACGGAACAACCCUAAAAGUGAAAGCACCACAGAUGGGUUGUGCUGUCCUCCUUCAAGGGCGAUACAUCACCCACACAGCUGCCCCAGUCACUAACAUGCCCGAGCGUGUUACUAUUGUCACCUCUUUCCGACCCAAGAACCCCCUUCUCGUCGAUGACACCACGAAUGCGAACGUCCGCAAUAAAUCUCAUCUUACUGAGUUGUAUUACCAGUGGACCACCUACCGCUUGGAGGUUAUCGCUCAACGUGCUCGUAGCGCUUUGGAAACACUGCAGGAGAGAUACGCUAAAAAUGUGGCUGAGUCGGAUCCCGAAGGGAGGCCCGGCCUUUGCAAGGUUGAGACUGUUAGCCAAGAGGAGAUACAGAAGUGGUGCGCCGACAUGAUUAGAUAUCUUCAGGAUACGACUCAUGAGAUGAGGCUGAUUGGAAAAUAGGCACUCAAUAUUAGAGCCUUGAAACUUUGUAUUAUUUAUACCUGAUCCAAUUUCUACUCUUCCUCGGUCAGGCUUGUGCGUAAUAGCUAAGAUGACCAUAACUCAUAAAGAGGGCCCAUGCGACCCCUAACGGGGUCCCAAUCAGGUAUUUCUACAUGCUCAGCUUCUUCUCGGAGCUCUUGACAUCGUGAUCCAUCUCUGCAAUACUCGCUUUUCCAUUUAGGUGCACCCUAUAUGUAGUAAAUACUUAAGAUAUCCGCCCGCGCGAGUUCUUGACUUACUUUAGGAUAUACUCCGACGUAUCUAUACCCGUCCUGAAAGUCUUUGGAGCAGUGAGAGACGCCAGCAGGUAAAAUAAUGACGUCGCCUGCCUUUACAAACACCUCCCCGCCGUUACCCGCAUCUUCGUUUGGUCCCACACCUAGUAAAAGUGUAGAUGAUCCCUGGAAGACAGCUUCUCUCAUUAGAUUCGUGUCCUAGAUGAUGACAGUAUCAAGCAUACCAUAACAUUCAUGUGUGUUGGGAUGGAAGUGGUGCCUUGGAACGGCGCCCCAAGUCCCUCCCUUUAGCCAUUGGUUCUUC